AUGCCUCCACGAAUACCUCCACGAAUACCAUCAUCGGCAUUCAAAUGCCCGCACUGCCGCACCUUCACCACCACCUCACGACAAGCCCAACUCGGCCCGGAACACCCGUCGUACAUCGCUAUCCCCACCCCACCACAGCAAAAUCUCCCCUACCGACCCUUUAUCAAAGGCCGGCUUCCCGUGCCUCGAGAUGUCUUCGCCGGCGCAGAAGGAAGGGAUAAAGCUUCCGAUGACUUUCUCGAUCCAGCCACCAAAGCACCGUCGCGUGAACUUCGCGCCAAGCCCGGCAGCAGAGAGGAAUGGAAAGGGAAAAUGAGUGAGAUGCGGCGACGGAACCUACGGGAAGGUCUAGUCAGUCUGAAAGCGAGGAAAGGGCGGGUGGAGGAAGGGAGGAGAAUCCGAAAUGAACGCAACGCCAAGGAAAGACAAGAAGCCGUGAUGAAGCCCGAACGCCCCGACGACCUCCUCACCACCCCAUCGCACGGCCUGGAUCUCGCAGCCCUAACCUCCGCCUUCGAAGGCCCGGGUAUUCGUCUCGAUCCCUCCCGCUCCAUCCGCCUGGCCACCAGUCGAGAAACCCACUCCGCAACCACAGCCCUUGCCCGCUCCACCCGAGCCACCCACCUCAAUACCCUGCUCUCCCACGCUCGCACCUUCAUCGUCACGCCCGCGCAACUCGAUGCCGCGGUGGAAGAGGCGUUCGGGAGUGAAGCCAGGCCGACGGUGUUUAAGAGUAAUUUGGGGGCGGCGGAUGAUAGGGCGGUGAGUGUGUGGGAGGCGGGGCUGCCGGAUCGGGUGCAGGAUUUGUUGAAUAGGGAGAUGGGGGUUGGGGGGCGGACGGCUAUGGAGGUUGCGGGGGGGAAUGUGGGGAGGGCGGAGGAGAGGGUGGGGAGCAAUAUCAGCUUGAGGUCGCUUGAUCGGUGCAAAGCCAACUGCCAGAACGAGACACAAUUCCGAAAUUCAUUUGUUCCUCAUCUCCAAGCACUGGAGAGGAAAUAUCAACAAGCACGCAACAAAACUGCCUCUCGGAUAGCAGCCGUGGAUCAUCCCACAUCGACGUCUGAGAAAACAAUUCCGACCAUGGCGGCCAUGACCAGCAGCGACAUCGAAAGCACAGCUCACCAAGAGCUGAGACAAGAGAUCGGCCAGGUGAUCAAGCCCUUCCAACUCAACCGCAAGAAAAAGCCUCCCUUCGCCAUCCCCGAGCUCAUAGUCAUAGCCCUAAUCACGAGCAACACCAACUCGAUCGACUCCGCCACCAUCCUAGAGCACAUCCUCCGCAGAUUCGCCUACUACAGCGACAAGACCUUCUCCAGCUACGCCAAAGGCCACGCACAAUACAACCAAGAAGACGACGGCAAAACCAGCCAGACGCGCUCCGUCCUUCCGGGCUUCCACGAAGCUUUCAACGACUGGGCGAUGCCCAUCCGCUACAGCGAGUCCACCUCCCCAGUGCACUACGACCCCCACGAGGAGACGAUGGACGCCAUGACAAUCCUACCAGCCCGCGCCCGAUGCUUCCUGCGCAAGUGGCUAGAACCUGAAAGAAGAGGAAGAUUCCCUUUCCUGGACCUGCCGCCCGAACUGCGCAACAGGACCUACGACCUCCUCUUCACCUUCUCCACCACAGGCCUCCGUCUCUGGCCCACCCGAUCCUCCCUGGCCGUGCAUCUCCUCGAACGUGAAACAGACGCCGAUGGUGCGGCGAAUAAGACGUGGCGGCGCGACGUGGGGAGCCAGGAGACGUAUUUCCCGUCGGACUUCCACGCCUUCGACCUCCCCACCACGGACCUUUUGGCCCUGCUCCGCGUAAACCGACAGAUUUCUGUGGAGGCAGGGCCGUGCUUUUGGGGUGCGAAUCGCUUCUUCUUCGCCUGUACGGGGGAUUUUGCGCAGUUCAUUCUCAGGACUUCCGCGGAGAGGAUGAGGUGGUUUCGCGACGUGCAUAUUGUGGUUUCGCGGCCGAGCAUUGAGGAGGCGGGGACGUUUGCGACUGCUAUGGCGGCUUGGGCGGAUGUGCCGGGGUCUAUGGCUGGGAGGUGGGGGUUGGAGUCUGAGAAAGGGAGGUGGUUGGAUAUGUCCAAGGGGGAGAGGGAGCGGGCGGGGAGGAAGACGAAGUUCACGAGGUUCGAGCAGCUUCCGGGGUUGAGGGAUUUGGUGCGUGCGGUGGCGAAGGUGCAGGAGCUGGUGUUGGAGGGCGAGAAUGAGGAGUUGAUUGAGUGGAUACGGGUUGAGGUUGAGAGGGCUCGUGGUGGUGGUCGGGAUGUGUCUGCGACGAAGAAGACGGGCCCUGGUGUCAACGCUGCAGGCAGAGGUAAGAGGGAUGGCAAUUCGCUGGCAAAGACGGCUGGGGAUGUGAAGACGGCGGAUGCGAAGGUGUGA